AUGGCAACGUCCCCCCGUUCUUCCCCGAAGGUAGUGCCGCAUCCAGAACCUAGGCUUGCCGUUCUUUACGAGCCAAAAGACAAUGAAGCUGAGGUAGAUGUCAUCGCCGUCCAUGGCAUUGGAGCAAAUGCAGAUCUGACAUGGGAGAGCCGCGGCGUCAAUUGGCUCAAACAUGAUGACAUGCUGCCAAGCGCCGCAAAAACGGCAAGAAUUAUGCGAUUUUCUUACAACUCUCAAUGGCUAGGGCAAAACAGCAUAGUUCAACACCUUUCGGCCAUAGCUAACGACCUUCUCUAUUCCAUACGCAACAUGCGGCAGGACUUUCCUCAGCGACCAAUCGUUUUCAUUUGCCACUGCUUCGGUGGCAUAGUAAUUGAAAGAGCUAUAAUCACAGUGAGGCUCUUCAGAGAAGAGUGGAAAAUCAAGACUGGGUCUUCCGACCAUCAUGAUGGGGAUUUAGUCGACUGUAUAUCUGGUAUUAUCUUUCUUGGCACGCCAUUUCGAGGCUCAGAAGCCCAAAGAUAUGCCGAUAUUAUCGGCAACAUCCUUUCUGGAGUAGGGUUAGGAAACUCCAAGGUCUACGAAAUGGUCUCCCCGCAUUCUCAAGCUCUGAAGGACCAGCUAAACGAUUUUGUUCGCAUAAUCAACCGGCAACACAUCCCAUCAUUCUGCUUCUUUGAAAAGCAAAAGUCGAAUGUAGGGCGAAUCAUCAAGUCGCCUUUGGCGCGUCUUGUAGUAAUCGUAGACGAACAUAGCUCCACGAUAGACGGCAUAUCAAGCCUUGGCCUCGACGCCGACCACUUCCAGAUUCAUAGAUACUCCUCUCCAAAAGACCCAAACUACGAGAGUGUGGUUUUUCAACUUGUUGAAAUGAUCAAUAAAGCUCCUCAUCGUACUAAAGCCCGUCUAUAUCCCCGACCUAUGGCCAUCAACGAAGAACCGGUUGAUUCUGACAACAUGAAACAGUCACUGCGCGCCUUGGCUGUAAGCAGUCCCGUGGAUGACAAAAUCCACUUUCAAAAACAGAUUGGAGAAAGAUAUCUGGCACCUGAGGAGACCUACAACUGGGUUCAGGCAAAUGCAGUUUACACCAAAUGGCUCAACAGGGACGACGACCCACUCCUCUGGAUUCAUGGAGAGGAAGGACAAGGGAAAACCCCGCUCAUGAUAUCUUUGAUCAACGGGUUGACCGAUAAAGUCGAGAGAAGUUCUCGGCAAAGAGCAUUGGCGUAUGUUUUCUGCUUGUCUCCAAAUGGGUAUCAAAAAGAUGCCGCUUUCAUCGCUCGAAGCAUUCUGCAUCAGGUUCUCUACCAGAAGAAGAACAACGUCAAUGCUUUCCACCACUGGUCGCAGGAAUAUCAAGCAAGAGAUGAUGCGUUGCUAAAUGAUGUACAGAGCCUCUGGAAGAUAUUGCAACUGACAUUGACUGAAGCGAAGCUGGUAGUUGCCUAUUUUGUGCUCUAUCGGCCAGAGGAGUGUGAUCCUCAUAUCAUGGCCGUCUUUUCAACCCUUCUUCAGGCUAACCACACCGCUUGUCACAUUAAAUGGGUAGUAAUUAGCAGCAAACACUCCGGCGACUACCCAGAAUUAAAAGUCUCAAGGCGCAUAGACCUCGCGACAGCAUCUACGAUCGAGGUUCCGGAUAUCAAACCCAGGCGUUCAAGCCCCAUAAGCCUGAGUCCAAUGUCUCUAGACACGAGAGAGCCUCAAUCAUCCAGACCGACUUCUUGGUCAUCACAUGAGAUGAAGAUACCAUCUCCAGCCGAACAAGAUAUCAAAGUCAGGAACCUAGCGACUGUCUACUGCGAUCGAAUAGAGCGCCAUUGGAUUUGCGAGAUCCAAACUCGUCGCCAAGACUCCGGGUCUUUGCUAAUAGAGGCCACGCGCUUAAAUCACGAAACUAAUAUCAUCCGGCAUGAAAUCUUGCCAGAAAUGGCUCUAAUCCCUCACACUGAGACCAGUCUGAGCCCAGAGCGAAAAUUCGCUAUAUCAUUCCUGGAAACGCAAGAAUUGAGUCUCCAUGACGCGCGGAAAGCAUGGAAGUUCAGUGGUCAUCUAGAUUACCUAUUUGAGGAUGAUAGUAGCUUUCGCUGGCUCCAAGAAGCCAUAUACGGCGGUCACCUUCUUUCGAUUCAGAAAACCCAGCAUAUUACUUCGAAUAGGGAACGUGAAAGUUCCAAGCAAGACUUACGGCUCUGGGGUUCAGACGAUGGGCAGGAAUGCAUUAAGUUAAUGUUCUUUCCGAAUUCUCGUACUAAGUAUACCAAGGAGUAUCAAGUAGAGCCAGUAGACAGGACGAAAGACUUUGAACAUGUGCCUGAUCUCGAAGACCGUCGUAACCAGGUCUACGAAAUUAUAAAUGAAGCCUCCUUCCAGAAAUACGUUGUGUUCGUUGCAGCAGCAGGCUUCAUCACCGACGCUUACGACAUCUUUGCCGUCAACACAGUCCUUCCUAUGGUGUCCUUGGUCUACUGGGAUUCAGAAUUUAUGCCCAAAGGCACUUAUACCGCCAUGCUUUGCGCGACUCUGGCAGGAAGCAUGAUUGGACAAGUCAUCUUCGGAGUUCUGGGUGAUCUCUUCGGCCGCAAGAAGAUGUACGGGCUGCUCCUUGUGAUAGUUUUAUGGGCGACCUUGGGCCUCGCCGCUUCAGCAGACGGAUCAUACCAGAGCAUGAGCAUCGCCGCGUGGAUGUUCAUCUGGCGUUUUCUCAUGGGUAUCGGCAUUGGGGGAGACUAUCCUCUCAGUGCUGCCAUCACCAGCGAGUUCGCACCGCAAAAACAUCGUUCUUCGAUGUUGGCAACGCUGUUCUUCAUGCAACCUCUUGGUCAAUUCGUGGCUACCCUCGUGGCUUUGGUUGUGACCUAUCUCUUUCGGCACCAGAUGAAGAGUGUGCAAAAAUGCCAGACCUUGGACGUGGAAUGCUACAGAGCUGUUGAUCGGACUUGGAGGAUUAUUGUUGGAAUUGGAGGUAUACCUGCUCUGGUAGCAAUGGUAAUUCGGCUGCAGAUACCCGAAAGCCCUCGGUAUACGCUGGACGUGCUUUUGGAAGGGGAGAAGGCCCUUAAGGACACGGAAGGCUAUUUCUUCGUCCCCGUGUCCACAACUGUGUCCCAAGAAGAGCAUGAAUCGGGCUCAGAUGAUGGUCUUGCACAUUCCACUCAACUCUCUUCCGAACCUAAACCACUCACAACUAGUAUGCAACAGACAAACGGCGACGUAGAUUCAAAUGAGAUAACGAUUACUCGUACAAACAUGGAUUCAAGACACCGAAGUGUCCCACCAGUCCCUAGAAGUCCACAGAUUCCCCGCAGGCCGACUCAAAUUCACUACCAUGAAACCACUUACAAUCCAACGCCAGUUAGAUCCAUUCGCGGUAACAUUCAGUCCGGAGCACCCCCGUUCACAAUGAAGGAAUGGUGGUCUGGGUUCAAGAAAUACAUGUUCAAAGAGGGCAAUUGGAUUCAUCUUGCUGGUACUAUGACUUCAUGGUUUCUCCUGGAUGUAUCUUUCUACGGCCUCGGAAUGAGCUCACCCAAGGUGAUCCAAAAACUCUGGGAUGGCUUGAAAGCCGAUAGCCCGAAUACGCGUACUGUCUUCGAGCUACUCUACGAAAAUUCAUGGCACUCGUCCAUCGUCGUAUCCCUCGGGGCGCUUCUGGGCGGCAUCGCAAUGAUCUACGUAAUCCAACACAGCAGACCCGUAAUAGUGCAAAGUCUGUUCUUCGCUGUCCUAGGGAUCAUCCUCUUUGUGGCUGGCGGUACCUUCAAGCCGUUCCUCAGCUCCGCGAGUUCAGGGGAUCAUUGGGCCCUUGUCAUCUUCUACUUCUUUUGCAACUUCUUCUUCAAUCUUGGCGCCAAUGCUACCACGUUCAUUAUACCAGCGGAGCAAUUUCCAACGCGGUACCGCUGCACAUGCCACGGUCUUUCAGCCGCGAGCGGAAAGUUUGGAUCAGUCGUCGUGCAGCUAGCGGUCGGACUUUCCGGUGCCACGAACCUCGGUACCACAUCACUAGGGAAUUGGCUCUUAGGGUUCGGCGUGCUAAUGUUCGCGGGCUCCAUCGUAACACAGGUAGCCGUGCCCGAUUCUCGAGACGCCAAAGGACAGAGCAUGUCGUUGGAGGAUCUUGCCAAGGGCGUUGAAUGUACCAAGGAAUUGAGCCCGCAGAGGUGGAAUCGCUGGCAUACGCGUCUUGGGCGUGAUGAAGGUGCUGAGCCGUGA